AUGUACCCGCCGGUGCAUGCCAAUGACUAUGGCAAGCAGGAUGCGACAGAACCAAUUGCUAUUGUCGGUUUCUCAUUCAAGUUUCCCGGUGGCUGUGAGACGGCAGAUUCGUUCUGGGAAGCCCUAUUGGAGAAGAGAAACACGGCUACUGUAUUCCCCAAAGAUCGCCUGUCUGCCUCGGCGAUGUACCAUCCUCAACUCAACCGACGAGGAACUAUACCCUUUCAAGGGGGUCACUUUUUAACAAGUAAUAUUGCCGAGUUUGAUGCUCCGUUCUUCUCCAUUUCAGAUGCUGAGGCCGCCUCGUUGGAUCCUCAACAACGGAUUCUUCUGGAGACCACCUUCAGGGCAUUGGAAAAUGCUGGGCAGCCUUUAAAUCGCGUCAUUGGAUCAAAGACGUCUGUCUUUACCGGCUGCUUUACCAAUGACUGGCAGCAACUAUGCCUGAAAGAUGCGGAGCAAUGCACCAGUCAUGCAGGCAUCGGUUUCGAAGCUUCGAUACUUGCCAACAGACUCAGCUGGUUCUUCAAUUUCAAAGGAACAAGCUUUAAUGUGGACUCUGCUUGCUCAAGCAGUCUAGUCUGUGUAGACCUCGCCGUCAAAAACCUGACUAGCGGCGAUUCAGACAUGAGUAUUGCUGCCGGAUGCAACCUGCUAUUCUACCCGGACAUCAUGCACGCAUUAUCCAACCUGGGUCUCUUGUCUCCGAACAAUCAGUGCUACUCCUUCGACGACAGAGCCAACGGAUACGCGCGAGGCGAAGGGUUCGGCGUCCUCGUGCUGAAAAGGCUCUCCGACGCCAUCGAACACAACGACGUUAUCCGCGCAGUGAUCCGAUCGACCGGCAGCAAUCAAGAUGGCUACACCACCGGACUCACCCAGCCAAGCAGCAAAGCUCAGUCCGAGCUCAUUCGAGAGACGUACCGCAGAGCACGCCUCGACCUCGAUCAGACGAGAUUCAUUGAAGCUCACGGCACAGGUACCGCUGUGGGUGACCCGAUAGAAGGUAAUGCGAUUGGGGAGGUUUUUCGACGCUCGCGAUCAUCAGAUGACCCCCUCUAUGUAGGAGCCGUGAAAAGCAACAUUGGCCACCUAGAAGGUUCUAGCGGUAUUGCAGGUGUCAUAAAAUCCAUCCUCGCACUCGAAAAAGGCGUGAUACCCCCGAAUACAAACUUCGUCAACAUCAAUCCCCAGAUAGACCCGGACUUUUUGAGAAUCAAGUUCCCUCUUCAACCAACGAAAUGGCCUUCUAAAGGCCUUCGUCGAGCUUCCGUGAAUUCUUUUGGAUUCGGAGGGACCAACGCCCACGUGAUCCUCGAUGAUGCACUGCAUUAUCUCCAGUCUCGUCGGCUGGUUGGACAUCAUAAUACGAUCGACUAUCCCGAGGAUGAUGAUGCCAAAGAACCUUUCGUGAAUGGAACGGCGAUAACAACUAACGGAGAUACUCUCUCCUAUGAUGCGCUCGAGGGUCUUGGCCAUCCUCCAAAGCUUAUUGUGCUCUCCGCGAUGGACAAGGACACUCUUGAAACGCAGGCAAAAGCCCAUACACAAUAUAUACAGAGCAUGUUGAAGCGAAACCCGGUGUCGGAUUCAUUCGUUAGUAACUUUGCAUACACAACAUCAGCCAGACGGAACCCCUUUCCUUGGAAAUCCUUCGCUGUUGUAGAAACUCUCGACGACCUGGCCCACCUAAAAUCGCACCUCUCAUCCCCCCGGAGGUCCAUCUCGGAACCAUCCCUGUGCGUCGUUUUCACAGGACAAGGGGCCCAGUACCCCGGACGUGAGCUUCUUUGUCUUGAGCAAUUCGAAGUCUACAGGCAAAGUCUGACGCAGGCUGAACAUUAUUUACAAAAGCUCGGCUGUCGCUGGAAACUUCGAGAGGAGUUGUACAAAGACGAGAAGCUUUCCAAAAUCAAUGAUGCGGAAUAUAGCCAGCCUAUUUCUACCGCAGUGCAGGUGGCUCUCGUCGACACUUUGCGCAGCUUCAACAUCUAUCCCAACGUGGUAAUCGGGCAUUCAUCCGGAGAAAUUUCAGCGGCAUAUUGUGCCGGAGCCUUAUCCGCAGAGUCGGCAUGGAAACUCGCUUACUUCAGAGGUUAUCACUCGGCACUCCUCUCAGAGUCUGGCAAAAUGCGAGGCGGCAUGGUGGCCGCUGGACUUUCCGAGGAAGAUGUACUGGUAUACCUUGAUCGAGUCAUUGAGCAAACCGGAGAGCGCAUGUUGACAGUGGCAUGCAUCAACAGCCCGAAGAGUGUGACGAUAUCCGGACGCAUAGAUCAUAUCGACCUUCUUGAGACGAUGUUAUCGGAGAGCAACGUAUUCGCACGAAAGCUGAACGUUAACCUGCCUUAUCACUCCCAUUUCAUGAAUGCUGCGUCACAGCAAUACCUCGAGUCUAUCAUUGGCUUGGAAAAAGGGGUUGCGACCCCUCACCCGAUCACGAUGAUUUCGACUGUCACGGGGAAAUGGAUACACGAUCGCAUACUACGCACACCUCAGUACUGGGUCGACAACAUGAUAUGUCCUGUCAAAUUUGCACCUGCAGUUCAAGCACUCACGUUCCAAGCCGGAGCCAUGAUCUGGAAGAAGCUGGACUGCAGCCACCGAAAUCGAUCCAAGGUGACCUUCCUACUUGAAGUUGGCUUUCAUUCCGCCCUACGGGGUCCGCUAAGAGACAUCGUGGGCGGGUUUCAUAGCAACUCCAAGAUCGCCUACGAGUCCGUCCUAGUGCGAGACAAAGCUCCCUUGCACUCGCUGUUCAAUUCCCUGGGCCACUUAUACUGCCACGGAUAUCCGCUGGACCUGAGCGGUAUCUAUCGCCUGGGGCAGGAGUCUUUCGGUCUACCCAAGCCACUUUGCGAUCUCCCUGAGUACCCAUUCAACCAUUCACGUCGAUAUUGGACGGAAGGGCGGGUGAGCAGAAGACUUCGGCUUCACCAUCAAGAGAAGCUAGACCUUCUCGGGAAACCCAGCCCCGAUUGGAACGACGUCGAAGCUAAAUGGCGUAAUUUCAUCCGAGUGUCGGAAAUGCCAUGGGUCGAAGACCACAAGAUCAACGGAGCGACUAUAUAUCCUGCGGCUGGAAUGCUCGUGAUGGCAAUCGAAGCCGCAAAUCAGACCACGGACAAGAGUCGUACAGUGGAAGGGUUCGAAAUGAAGGAUAUCCGAUUUUUGUCCGCUCUAACCAUUCCUUCCCACCUAGAUGGCGUCGAAACCCAUAUAUAUCUCCGCCAGGUCCGAGACUCCGCCAACUCUGAAACGCCGUGGUCCGAAUUUCGAGUGUUUUCAUUUGAUUCGGAUGAAUGGCACGAAAACUGUCGGGGUUCCAUUCGUGUCACGUACAAAGCCAUAGCAGAGGGGUUCAGCGCCGUCAAAGAGAGUAUAGAAGAGCUCAAUUUGUGCCGCCAGCGCCAUUAUGGUCUUCCAGAUCCAAUCCAGGAUUCUUUCGACCACCGAAAGCUCUACAACGCUCUGAGGUCCAACGGGUUUGACUUCGGUCCCUCAUUUCAGCUACUGAGGAACGGGUCCUUUCCUUCUGAUAAAGAAGGAAAAGCCGAUAUCGAGAUAUUCGAAUGGGCCGCGGAUACUUUCCCACAACCGCACAUAAUCCAUCCGUGCACUUUAGAUGCAAUCUUGCACCUUAGUUUAGCGGCUUGCGCAAAAGGAGGAGACGUACAAACUCCAACGGCAGUUCCUAGCUCUUUGAAACGACUUUGGAUUGCAAGCCAGGGACUAAACAGACCAGGGCCCAGGACAACAAGCGCGGCUGCUUGGAUGGUAGGCAAAGACGCUCGUGGAACCGAGUUCAAUAUUUCCGUCCUUGAUGAUUCGAAGGAAAGAGUUCUUGCGCAAGUGACGGGUCUCAGAUCAACCAUCGUUGCAGAGAUGUCUGAGUCCUCCCAGGAUAACGCAGACGUAAAGCAGACCUGCUACCAUCUUGACUGGAAGCCUGAUGUCGCUCUGUUGAGCUCCCAGAAAUUGUUGGAUUACUGCGUAGAGGCACGCCCGAAGGAUCUUGAGCCCGCCAAAUUUUAUCAGGAUUUGGACUUCUUGCUACUUGCGUUUCUCACGAAAGCUGUGGAUGAGCUUCAAGAUCAUGAUUUUCCAACCACACCUCCCCAUCUAUCACGUUAUUAUCAGUGGGCUAAACUGCAACUUCAGCGAUACCAAGAGGAUCUUCUCCCCAAUAUAGAGCCGGAGUGGGCUCGGAUUUUCGAAGACUCGGAGGCUAUGGAAAGAUUGUGCGAGCAGAUUCAAUCCACCAACGCCGAAGGACAAGCAUAUGUUGCGACAGGUCGUCACUUGACCUCGAUUCUGCGCGGCGAUACAGAUCCGCUAGAAUUUCUGUUCCACAACGAUUUGCUCACGAACUUCUAUCGUGAAAUCAACGACUCCCGUGCCUGUUUCGCAGAGCUUUCCCGUGUUCUCGAUGCCGCCGCCCACAAGAAUCCAAAUAUGAAGGUGCUCGAGGUGGGUGCUGGAACGGGCGGCACGACUGAAAAGGUACUUUCGACACUCUCUACACAAACGGAUAGUGCGAUGCGCAAGCCACGAUACUCGUCUUACUUCUACACCGACAUAUCUUCAGCCUUCUUCGAGGCAGCUGAGGCCAGAUUCAUCCAAUACCCCAAUAUCGAAUACCAAGCUCUGAACAUAGAAAUCGACCCUAGCUACCAGGGACUUGAUUGCGGGACUUUCGAUAUGGUCGUCGCCGCAAAUGUGCUCCAUGCUACUCCUGAUAUCAGCCUCGCCCUUAGGAACGUCAGAAAGCUCCUAAAUCCCGGUGGUCUCCUCGUGCUAUACGAGCCCACCAGGCCCGAAAUUAUGAGACCAGCUUUCAUAAUGGGCCUUUUGCCUGGGUGGUGGCUCAGCUCAGAAGAUUAUCGACCAUGGGGUCCUACGAUGACCUCUGCGUCAUGGGAUAAGAUACUCCGCGACAAUUGCUUCUCUGGUGUCGACCUGGAAAUGCCUGACUUCCUCGCCCCUGAAUGCCAGGAAGGCAGCAUCAUGAUAUCCACGGCGACAUCAACAGUGUGCAAUAUGGGACCUGGUAUAACUACCGAGCCACCCUCGCAUGGAGCACCGAUUCUAGUGCUAAACCUCGAAUCUGAAUUUCAGCGAGAUGUGGCCUGUCGCCUCCUGUUAAUGCUUCCAAGCCUUUGCCGUUCUGCUAGUUUCGCGGAGAUCGCCCAAAUAGACGACAUGGCCUCUUCUUACUUCAUCUUCAUUGAAGAGAUAGAACGCCCCUUCCUCAUGAAUCUCUCGAAGGAAAUGUAUUCGAUAUUCCAAAAGGUCGCAGCAUCUGCUAAAGGCAUCCUCUGGGUGACCAAUGGAGGUGGGACGGCUCCCAAACAGCCAGAGUCCGGCGUAGCAAAUGGUCUCUUCCGCGUCCUUCGCAAUGAAAACCCGGAUCGGCCAUGCGCAACCUUGGCUCUUGAUCUAGAUUCUGCCAUAACAGAUGAACAGCUCGAGGCAAUUUGCCAGAUAUUCCGGCUCGUGCAGCAAGAGAACUUUGACCAGUCAACACAAGAUAUGGAAUAUGUGGAAAUUGACGGCGUUCUCCAGAUCCCCAGGGUCGUGCAGGCAGAGAAACUCACGGAAAAUCUGUUCAGUAGGUCACUGCCACGACAAACCUCGUCCCGGAUGGUCGAGGACUGCCCUCCCCUCCAGCUGGCCAUAGGAUCUGUGGGGUUCCUAGAUACCUUGCACUUCACUGAAGAUGACGAUCAUCCAAGGCCUCUGGAUCCGGAUGAAGUUGAAGUGGAAGUUCGUGCAAUGGGUCUGAACUUUCGAGACUGCUUCUUAGCCCUUGGUCGCAUACCAGACUCUUCUUACGGCAGCGAAUGUUCCGGUCUAGUUUCCCAAACUGGAUGCAAUGUCGUUGGACUGUCCACAGGGGACCGUGUCGUCAUGUCUGCAUCUCCGUGCUUCAAGACCUACGCGCGCGGGAAAGCAAGCCAUGUUCUCCGAAUCGCGGACGAGAUGACUUUUGCUGAAGCUGCAAGUAUCCCCACCCAGUUCUGCACAGCCUGGCAAGCAGUCCACGGCAUUGCGCGCCUCCAAAGGGGAGAGUCGAUCCUGAUUCAUGCUGGAGCUGGCGGAACCGGCCAAGCAGCUAUCCAGGUUGCCCAGUAUGUCGGCGGUAUCAUAUACGCUACCGUCAGCUCCGAAAUGAAAAGAGACGUCCUCGUCGAACAAUACGGUAUUCCGGAAGAUCAUAUAUUCUUUAGCCGCGACUCCAGUUUCGCCAAAGGCGUGAUGCGCAAAACCAAAGGUAGAGGGGUCGACGUCGUCCUCAAUUCCCUAGCAGGCGAUAGCCUUAUCGCGAGUUGGGAGUGCAUUGCCCCUUACGGCCGGUUUGUCGAGCUUGGGAAACGAGACAUUCUCUCCAACGCUAACCUCCCAAUGUAUCCAUUCAAAAACAACGCCAGCUUUAUUUGUUUUGAUGGCUUCAAGUGGCAGACCGAGCGCCCCCAAGAUUCGAGGCGCGCGUUCGAAGAAGUCCUCCAGCUCUUCUCGGCAGGGGAAUUUCGUCCGAUUCGGUCCUUGAAUGUGUAUCCUGCUACAAAAGUAGAGGAGGCUUUCCGAGCGAUGCAGGACGGGAAGACGGCAGGGAAGAUCGUGUUGGAAGUAACACCCACGACUCCAGUCAAGGCAAUACUCGCUACCCAGCCGAGCUUCCUCAUUGGCCACGACGCGACUUACGUGAUUGCCGGUGGACUUGGAGGCUUGGGUCGUAGCGUCGCACGAUGGCUUGUUGAUCGCGGCGCUAGAAACCUGAUACUUCUCUCUCGCUCCGGCAUUCGUAACGAGACGGCGCGCGACUUCGUAGAAGAGCUCAAACAGCAAGAUGUCUUGGUCAAGGCUCCAGCCUGCGACAUUACAGACGCUGCAGUAUUGGAAGAGGUGAUUCAGCAGUGUACCCAAGAAAUGCCGCCGAUAAGAGGCUGCUUCCAAGGAUCGAUGGUCCUAAGGGACUUCAUGUUCGACAAAAUGGACCACGCCGACUGGCACCUAGGCACAGACUGCAAGACCAUCGGCUCCUGGAACCUCCACCAGCUCCUACCAAAAGACCUCCAUUUCUUCAUCUUCCUCUCCUCAGCUUCAAGCGUAGUCGGUCUCCGCGGACAAGCCAACUACGCCGCGGGCAACAGCUACAUGGACGCUCUCGCCCGCUACCGCGUCUCCCGCGGCGAACGCGCCGUAUCCCUCGAUCUCGGCGCCUUAACAGAAGACGGCCUCCUCGCUGAAAACCCCGAGUUCCUGAACCGGGUCCUCGGCUACGGCGCCCUGAACGGCAUAUCGAGGAACUUCUUCUACGCAAUCCUAGACUACUACUGCGACCCUGCGCUUCCCCUCCUCUCUCCCACGCAAAGCCAGCCUGUCAUCGGGUUAGGAUCGGAUGCCAGUGGGGGCCUAGACGGGAUCGUUAUUUCUCGCCAAGCCAUCUUCACGCAUCUAAAAGAGAACGCGAAGAGCAGGUCCGCGGGAGAGAAGAACGACGACGGCGCUCCAGACGCCUGGAAAGAGCGCUUUCACACCGCGAAUUCACAGAUUGACGCGGCCCACGUCGUCGAGCAGGCGCUGGUUGCAAAACUGCAGCGCACGCUGGCGGGCCUGCACGGCGAGGUCGAUAUGUAUAAGCCUGUUGCCGCGUAUGGAGUCGAUUCGCUGUUGGCGGUGGAGCUGCGUAGUUGGAUCGCGAAGGAGUUCAAGGCGGAUGUGGCUAUGUUUGAGAUUUCGGGCGGGGCGUCGUUUUCGACGCUGAGCAAGCUUGUGGUUGAGAGGAGUAAGAUGAAGCGCGGCUAG